AAGCUCGAGCUCGUCACAUGAUCAGCUGAUGACUCCUUCCUCUAUGCUGGAUGCAGGAUUUCCAGCCAUCGCCGCUUUGAAGGGCUCACAGGAAGCCAUUUCUCUUCAAACUACAACAGUCUAAGAAAAAUAACACCACAGUAGCUUAAGGUGUAUUCGCGUUAGAACCUUAGAUAGCGUUAGAUAGCAAAACUGGCGCUGUUGGUGGAGUGGAUGAUGAACGGGCACGCAAUUUUAUACACCGGGGUCACUUUGGCCUUCUGGGCGACCAUCCUGAUCGUCGGUACUUGCUAUACAAUAUUUGACCUUGGAUUUCGAUUUGAUGUAGCAUGGUUUUUAACAGAGACUUCUCCAUUUAUGUGGGCUAGUCUUGGAAUUGGCCUGGCCAUCUCUCUGUCUGUUGUUGGAGCUGCAUGGGGGAUUUACAUCACAGGGUCCAGCAUCAUUGGUGGUGGUGUCAAAGCCCCUAGAAUCAAGACCAAAAAUCUGGUCAGUAUUAUCUUUUGUGAAGCUGUUGCCAUUUAUGGGAUCAUCAUGGCAAUUGUCAUUAGCAAUUUAGCAGAGAAUUUCACUGGUACAACUCCAGAGACUAUUGGGGAGAAGAACUACCAAGCAGGCUACUCCAUGUUUGGUGCUGGACUUACUGUUGGCUUUUCAAACCUCUUCUGUGGCAUCUGUGUUGGCAUUGUGGGCAGUGGAGCUGCCCUUGCUGAUGCUCAGAAUGCCAGCCUCUUUGUCAAGAUCCUCAUUGUUGAAAUUUUCGGCAGUGCCAUUGGACUGUUUGGAGUGAUCGUAGCCAUCUUGCAGACAUCGAAAGUAAAAAUGGGAGAUUAGAUGACCACACAACCUACUGAUCAAUGAUGCUGUGUUGCUGGUGCAAACAGGAGGUGUAAAUACAUAGUAAAUUAUUUAAAUGUGUUUUCCUUUGUGUAUGUUUUUAACCAUCAUUUUCUGAAGAUUGAAAUAUUGUAUGUGCACCAAUUUGUCUUAAUACAGUGCAUGAUGAUGUCAAAGGCAGACCUUUGAUGACUUACACUUGGUUUAGCAUCUCAUAAUUCUUAAAAUGAAAAAAUAUCACAAUGUUUUUGGCCAUACCUUCAUGAUGUCAUAAUAUCAAAUUUAACUAUUAUUAUUGUUUAAAUCAAAAGAUAUUUUAUUUAUUAAAACAGCUUAAUAAUAUAAACCGUGAUCGUGCAUAUGGUGACAGAACAGACUGUCUAUAGAUCCAAAGUCAGGGUCGAUUUUGACAUGUAAGGUGUUAUGUUUGUAAUCAUCUCAAAUUCAAACAUAUAGUUCGCUGUGAUUGUUCUGUAGAGUACAAGAAAAAUGAUAAAUUGCAUAAGUGUGGUUCUUUGCACUGGAUGGGUGUAAAUCAUAAAGUAUUCUCUUGAUGGCUUUAUGAAAGAGUGUUCUUGUGUAUUUGUGUGAUGACACCUGGUGUAUCUGGUGUGCUUGACCUGAUCUUACUC